AGGCAGAGUUCGGGGAGGAGCUGGAGGGGGUGGAGCUACCAGGCCCGCGCCUCUGCGGCCGGGGCCGAGCGCUGCAGGACUACCUGAGCUGCGUUUUCGUCAUUUGCGGCCACUCGCCGCUUUUCGUCCGAUUCCUGACGGAGCAGGAGCGCGCCCUCGCCGGAGUCUUGAUGCGCGCCGGACGCUACGCCGACGCCCUGGAGCAGCUCGACUGCGUCCUCGCCGUCCACGACAAGCUUUUGCCCUGGCAGAGGCAGAGCGGCACAUGGGCGGUGCCCACGCUGGCCGCCAUGGCCGUGUGCCACCGUGACCUUGAGCGGCCCCGGGAGGCGCUGGCGACCGCCCAACGGGCACUGCCCCCGGUUCGGCGCUACGGGAUGCGGCGCUACCGAGCGCCUCUGUUGCGCCUCCUGGUGGACGUCGGCCACAGCCUGGGGCGGCCGGUCGCCCGCCUGCAGGAAGAGCUGACGGUGGCCGAGGACGGACAUCCUGGCUCCUCGCCCUCCCUCAAGGAGGUCGUGCUGGCUGACUUUGCCGACUGAAACGGGAAAGCAGGAAGUGCUCUCCGGCGCGUGGCCGCAUCUCUUUUGGUCGUUUUUGCUUUCCGGCUACAAUUAGACGGACAGUUCAAUCCAUAGUUUGUAAAAUACUCAUCAUGCGUAGCAGUCAUUCCAAAUUUGACUCAUGCCUCUGGAAAAGGUUCUUCCUUAAGUGAGCCAAGGAAAGCUUGUGGAAACACUGAUCAGUUUUGGUUCGUGUUGCAAAGUAGCCGGGAAAUGAGUGAAAGGACUGAGUCGUGUACUUAAUGUUUUCAAGUUUAUGUUCUGAACUCUCAUUAAUAAAGACUGACAAUUUUAACUUUUAA